GGGUUUAGUUACAGAUGAAAACUAGUCUUCAGCAGGCUCCCUAUAAUAAAAUAUAUCCACUGUCUUUAGAUGGUGUUCAGCCCGGCAGUACAUCCAUAUCCAGUAGAAAUGGCCAUCAGACGGAGAACCCAUCACAGACAGAUCCACCUCCAGCAGCAGAGACGCAGAAGAUCUCCCAGCCUGCCUCUGCUCGACCCAGACCUGACCAUCUCCCCCUGGGAUCCCCAGACCCCAGAGCCCACCCCCUCUAUCUGGGAGUAGCAUCUCUCACAGGCGGCAGAGACAGGACAGGCAGGGUAAUAGUCGAGCUCUAUGGAGAGCACCAAGGAUGGAGAUCGGCUGUAACAAGUCAGGAACUCUUCCAGAUGCUGCUCUACUUCCACUCGAUCACCAGGAGAGAAGUCAGAGAAGCUGGGAUGACGCUCAUUUUUGAUGCAAGGAAGAUAAAUCCUCAACCGCAGCUCUAUAAGGCCCUGAUGACGCUUCAGGAGCAGACUCCCCAGGCAUUAAACAGCUUGGUGCUGCUGGUGGACAAGGACAGGAGCAUCCGGCCAGAGAGAUGUCCAGGGGUCCAGACUGACAUGGUGACGUCGAUGAAAGCCUUGCUGAAGCUGGUGGAGGGCAGUCAGCUGAGCUCCCGCCUGGAUGGCACACUGUCUCACAGCCACUGUGAUUGGAUAGAACUGCACCAGAAACUCUUUCCAUUUGUAUCUGACCUUCAUGAGGCAUCCAGCUUGCUGCUGAGAGCCAUCAGUAGGUUAGAGGAGCCACAGAGGAUGGACACUGUACAGACAGUGCAGCAGUGCAUGAUGGACCGGAGGACUCUGAUGAGGGAUGUACUGGAGGACAGCAGAUUGGUCAGCCUGCAGAGGGAGGGUGGAGCCAUCCUGGCUAGGCUGAGGAAAGAGAGUGACCUCAAAUACCCCCACUGCGAGGACCUCAGUGAUGCAGUGGACUCAGUGACCAGCCUGUACAACCAGGUGGAAGAGCAGGCUCACAUCCUCGUGCAGAGGUCCAACAUGUCACUGGAACACCUGGAGUACCUGCUGCAACUCAGAGAGAUGGAGGGACACUUCACCCAGAUGCAACAGUGGUUUAAUGUAGAAGGAGAGCGCCACCUCCUGGAGGCUGAGUCAGUCGAGGACUCUGGAGACAGAAUGGAGCAGAUCCUCAACAGCUUCACUGGCUUCCUUAUUGAAGCUAAUGACCGGAGGCACCAUGCCAUGUCGUUAGUGUCCGAGGCAGAGCAUCUCCAGCGCAGCGGGCUCUCUUACCCAGAGACAGAGGCAUUCAGGACUUUUGUCUGCACCUUCAAAUCAGGCCUGGAGGACUUCCUGUGCAGAGCGGAGGCUUGCGGCAGAGAGCUGCAGAUCAUGGUCAACGUGUGUGAUUUUUGUGAGCAGGCUAUGGCUCUGGCCAGUGAAUGCACUGAUUACCUGGACCAGAGUGAAACAAACCCUCAACACCAGAACCAAGUCUCUGGACCAAGCACGACCUCCCUUUGCCAGCCUGAACUGCCCACAGGACAUGACUCUGGCCCAGCCACUGUCAGUGAUUCACUGUCAGGCAAUGACAGCUCUAUCCUUCAGACUUUCCAAGACAGGUUCCUCCAGUUUUGCCCAGAGAGAUUUCAGGAGGUGAAGACCCAGGCCAGCGCCCUGCAGGGUUCCAGGGGCAUGCGGGUCUGGAAUGUAGCCUGGCUGAGAUGUCAGGAGGCCAGGCAGCAGCUUCAGGAAAGGAUGCAGGAUGUGAAUGAAAUUUACCACCAAAAACCAGAUUCUAGCAGCUGGUGUGAAUGUCAUUAUGUCGAUGUGGUGAGCACCAAUAUUCAGACAGCGUCACCUGGUGGCCAGGGUCUGGUGGUGCAAUCGACCCCCGGGCCUCGGCACCCGCAGUGGGAGGGCAUUGUGUCAGGAGCAGUGGAUUUAGGGAAGAGAAAGACAAUUCUUGGCAGGAACAGCACUAAUUCAACAAAUGUAGCUUGUUGUAACAUCAUCAUCAAACCUGAGGAUCACAGUGACACUGGAACCAGCCAAGGGUCAAAGGUCACUCCACAGUCACCUCACAGAUCAGCGAGGAGAACAGAAAAAGAGACGAGGAGGAGACAGGCGAGCAGGGCGAGGAGCGAGCGUGACGCCGCUGCUCUGUCUCAGGCCCACACUGUCGGCUGCCAGUGGUUUCCAUGGGGACGAGGUCUCAGGGCAAGGUCGGUGAGCCAAGACUCGUGCACCACAGCAGUAGCGACGGCAGGGUCAUCCACUCCUCCAGAGCAGGCUCGACCCCCAUCGUCCUGCUCCCACCACGGUCAGCCGUCUUGUCGGAUUCUCAAGGAGGCUCAGAAGUUCCAGAUCUCCCGCCAUGGGAGCUUCUGCUCAGAGGACUCCUGCAUGAUCGACCGAGGCGCUGCAGGGGUUAAUGGGACUUUAUGCUGCAAACACUCCAGCCUGCCCAUUGGGAGAUAUGAGGGGGCGUUUUGUUUGGCAAAUCCACAGGAGAGUGCCAGCAAUGCCCUGAGGCUGCAGCGUGUCCUGGAGGAGCUGGUGUUCACAGAGAGAGAGUACGUCCGCUCGCUGGGCUACAUCCUCACCCACUAUCUCCCCCUGCUGGACAGACCAGACAUCCCCCAGGACCUCAGGGGCAAGCGAGGCGUCAUCUUCGGGAACCUGGAGAAGCUUUACGACUUCCACAGCCACUACUUCCUGCCGGAGCUGGAGGCGUGCCAGAGGGAGCCUGCCAUGGUGGCCCGCUGCUUUCUCAGACAUAGUGAGAGUUUUGGCUUGUACGCUCUGUACAGUAAGAACAAACCCCAGUCAGAUGCGCUCAUCCUUCACCGUCGCCAUGACAUCUUCAAGAAGAAGCAGCAGGAGCUGGGGGACAUGAUGGACCUUUCAUCCUACCUGCUGAGACCCAUCCAGAGGAUCAGCAAGUACAGCCUCCUGUUGCAGGACAUGUUGGCUCUGGCUGGCUCAUACAGGCCAAAAGACUUAAUCCAGGAUUCACUGCUUGCAUCUGGUGUGUGUGCACAAAGUGUGCGUGGCCCAGGCGUGUAUAUGCCUGAUCUGACCAGCAGUGAGAGGGAGCGGGAGAGGGCUGAGAUCCAGGCUGCUGCCGACCUGGUUCGAUUUCAGAUGCGUCACGGCAACGACUUGCUCACCAUGGACGCCAUCCAGGACUGCGAUGUGAAUUUAAAAGAACAGGGCCAGCUGAUUCGUCAGGAUGAGUUCACAGUUUUCUUUAGAAAAAAGAAAUGUGUCCGCCGCAUCUUUCUCUUUGAAGAUCUAAUCCUCUUCAGCAAGACCAAGAGGACAGACAUUGGCAAUGACGUUUAUAUCUACAAGCAGUCAUUCAAGACAAGUGACAUUGGAAUGACCCAUAAUUCUGGUGUGAGCGGCCUGUGCUUUGAGAUCUGGUUCCGCAGGAGGAAGAGCGAGGACACCUACACCCUCAGGGCCUCCAGCAUGGAGGUGAAGAAAGCCUGGACCACCGAUCUGGAGAGGAUCCUAUGGGAUCAGGCCACUCACAGUAGAGAGCUACGUAUGCAGGAGAGGGUGUUCAUGGGAAUGGGCGGCAAACCUUUCAUGGACAUUCAACCCAGUGACGCUGCAAUUUGUGACCGAGCCGUCAGCUGUGGUCUGCCAGGGAGAAUCCCUGUGGCGUGUUGUUCACACAGGGGCUUAGACUAUCCACGGCCACACUCUAUUGGCUCUGGCAGCACGGCCUCCACCACCAUCAGCCAAUCGUCUUCCUCCUCUGGCCGCGGCUCGCUGCCCCCUGCUGGUUAUCCUGGGAAUCAAUCACAGGGAGUGGACACUAGUCCUGCCGUCUGCUCCUCCCCUGAGGCUGUGACUGACAAUGAACUCAACAAUCAUCAUCUUCAUCAGCAUCAUCUUCAUCGUGACUGUGAACAGUGGAAAACUCAUCAUCCUCUGACGGACAGCACUGAAUCAUCUGGGGAAUGCAUCAACGUCUUCAGCAGCUCUGAACGCAGCUGCCUGUCCGCCAUUGGUGGAGAGGUAAAUGACGACUCCUCCUCGUUUGUAUCCCAGAGUUCAAAGCCCUGCCCACCACUGUGUCGGACCCCCAGUCUGAGGAGAAACAGCUCACCGCUGGUUAUCAGAAAGAAACUGGGUGUCACACCCAGACCGCCACAUCUGGCUAAUGCUCAGAGUGAAGAAAUCAUAAUUGCAAAAUCAACAGAAGUUUAACCCUGGAUUCUAUGCAGAAGAUUAUUGGUCAACUGAAGCUAUCCAGUGUUGUUGGAGAUCCUCUGCUCGCCCUGCAGACAGAUGCUUUAUCUGAGUGAAAAAAGUUAUUUUGUGAAACACAAUCAUGAGGCCAUCAGCGUUGUCUGGUCACAAGGCUUGGUUUGCAUGUCAUUGCAACACAAUACUGUAAUGACAUGCAAUGUUAACCCACAAAGACAGAAAAUGUGCCAUUUGCUCAUAAAAUGUGUCUCCGUUCUUUGCCCCGUGAGAAUAAUUUUUAUCCCUGAAUCAUGAAGACCAUAGUUUAUUCGAUGUCCUGAGCAUAAGUAGCUAAAAUGGGAGUCUGUUUUAAUUUAUUUACACAUAAAAUCCCCAACAACAUUUUACCCUCAUGAAAAAACAACCUGUAAUUUUUAUUUUUUGUAAUUUUUAUUUUUUGUAAUUAUUAUUAUUAUUUUUUUUUUUCCAGAUUUGCCCACAUUUCAUGUCACAUAUCUACUGACUAUACUCUUAACUCGAAAUGUGAAACAUGCUCUUUGGCCAUACAUUUCUGUGUCAUGCUACAUUAACACAGAAUGAUAUAGAAUAUGGUCAAAUGAGACACUAUUGAACAGACACACAGGACCAGCAUCUGUAUUUGAGAGCAGUCCAUAAACAUCGGAGACCCCUUUAAGUCCUGAGACAAAAAAAAAGUCUCUCUGCGUUACACACUCCUUUUCAUGUGCUAGCAGACAAAGCAUUGCUUACAGUGCAAUUGUAUUAGUAUCCUCUUUAAAGCUGGGCUACAUUGUUUUGGUUACAAGAUCACAAGGGAAACUCAGUGGUGCCAAGAUACAGCUCAUGGCUAGAACUAUCCACUGGCCAUGAGCCCAGGACAAGCAGCAGACCCAAACUUAAAGCUGAUGACUAUAAAUGGAGAAACAUGUGGAUACAUCUACAGAUAUGGAAAUGUAUAAAUUGUUUGAUGGUGUAGUAAUGGAUAUAUGGCAAUUAAUCAAUAUAAGAAGUUAUUUCUCCUAUGGGUCUGAACAUUUCUUUUUACCAAUGACUGCUCUUACAGUAGUUGUAUAUUUAAUAAUUUAUCAGGAGGGACAGACCACUCACUGAUUUGUGUUUUCACACCUGGAUUUGAAGUACUCUGUAUCUGCUUCAUUUAAUGCGGAGAGAAAGGAUCUUGUUUAUAAUCUCGAGCAAAGAAGCAACGCAACUGCUGCAAACAGACAAAAUAUGACAACAUGCUUAAAGGCAAAAACCACUCACUGUUAUUUAGGGUCCACUAAUGGUUCCAUACUCAUCAAUGUUCCACAUUCACUUGCAUGAAAAUGACCAUUACAACAAAGUGUUUUUGUGAUUAUUUAAAUGCUUUUAAAUGUAUUUUUAUGUUUUCUCAACAACUUGCUGAAGAUGAGUGAAGUCAUUGUUAUUGUCUAUGCAAAAUGUUCAGUAUAUUAAUGAUGACAGGAUCUUAAAAAUUUUGAAUGAUGUCGACUUAUUUUCUUUAAAUUUUCUUUGAAACCACUGACUUUUGAUGACAUGGCAGAUCCAUGUUUUUUCUGUUUUCUGUUACUUUUUUGUUACUUUAGCUUUUUCUUUCAUUUAUGGGUAAAUGAUUUUGUUAUUCAAAUGCAGGGUCAGUGCAGUCUUUCUUUCUUUCUUUCUUUCUUUCUUUCUUUCUUUCUUUCUUUCUUUCUUUUCAUAUUGUAUUGUUUUUCCUCUGAACCCUGUACCACCUUUUGGAAGUGUUGAGACAGAUGGGAAUAACAUGAGGAUGUGGCACCACUGGGAUGAUGCUUCACUUCCUUAUUCCACAGACAGAGUGAUUCCUCAGAAGACAGCUGUAGACACUUAUUUCAAAACUUCGCAAGACAUUGCUACUAUGUGCAGGUUUUAGUUUGGCGCUAAUGCCACUGCCCAAGAAGAAAUAGAAAUAUUUUUUGAGUUCUUCAUUUCAUGUGUCAGGGGUGGUCUUACAUUUUAUGGUAAACUUCUAUGAAAUGCAGAAUUUCACAGUCUCCCUCUGUCCACUCAGUCAUGCUGAGCUGUUCUUCUGUUCUUUUGAUCUGCAACCUAACUGAUAGAAAACUGAACUGUCAGGUUGCAGUUUCAUGAUCUUUUCACAACAUACUUCAAAAAGUGAAAGUGAAAAACUCAUCAUGCUGAAAAAUGUGUGAUUUUUGGAUGUGUUCUUAUUUUGGAUUAUAAAAUGUAAUUUAGCAGUUUUUGAUUCAUUUUGAAUUAUAACAUUUUGUCUAUGUUGAAUCAUACAGUAAUAUAUGGCAUAAAUAAUUUAUGAAAAAAAAUGUUGGUGGUUUCAUUUUUAUAUUCGUAAGAAAAUUUGCUAUUUGAGUUGAGAGAUCAGCAGGAACCAUAGUCAAAUUGAAGA